AUGAUUUUAAAACAUAAUUUAGAAAAACAUUUGAAGUACUUGAAUAAAAGAAUUAAGGACUUAGAACAAAGCAAAAAGAAAGCCGACGAUGAAAAUCAAUUACUGCUGUCCUUUCUAUUGAAUGAAAUCGGUAGUAAGGAUUUAGAUAAUUUAAAAGAAUUAUUAGCAGGACAUAAACUUACUGAGAUAUUAGCAGAAUUAGAUAACCGAAAACGAGAAGUUCAAAACUUAAACUUUGAAUUAUCAAACGUAAGCGCUCAAUUUAAAUAUUCUGAAGAAAAGAUUAAAGCGCAAGAAAAGGAAGAAGAUAAAAAGUCUAAAGUUUAUAGCGUCGGAGUACUUAAGUGGCAAAUUUCAAGUGGACGAUCAACAUUUUAUGGUGAUUUUUGUGGUGUGAAGUUUAUAGUUUUGAUAUAA